AGGGCGGGAGCAAAAUCGAAAGGCGCCGCUCUCUGGUUCGUGGUUGGCGCGGGCGAUGGCCGAGCUCCCGAACCUUCUCGACGAGGCCAUGGGGUUCGCCCCCGGAUCCGCCGCCCCAUUCCCCCGCGGCGGCGUCGUCGUCCUCGUGGAGGACUGCGUCGAGACGAGCGGCGCCUUCGUCCUCCACCACUUCUUGAAGCGCGCGCUCUCCUCCGGCGGCGGCGGCGGCGGCGCCGUCGUCUUCCUUGCCUUCGCGCAGCCCUUCGCCCACUACGAUCGCCUUCUCCGUAAGCUGGGCUGUAAUCUAUCUGUGCAACGGAAAAACAAUAAGCUACAUUUCUUUGACUUGCUUGAAUAUCCAGGUCUUAGAAAGGGAAAUGCCACAAACCGUGGGUUUUUAGACUUGUACAGAGAGAUUCAAAGGGUUGUAGAAGGCUGCAGCUUGCAGGAAGAUAACAAGGGCUGUGUUAAUAUAAUGAUAGAUGACCUCUCUUUUUUGGAAAUUGCUGCUCAUGGUUCUAUGGACGAUGUCUUGGACUUUUUGCACUACUGCAUUAGCCUUACCUCUGUGAUGGAUUGCUCAUUGGUAAUUCUAAACCAUGAAGACAUUUAUGCAACCGAGGAAGACCAUGAACUUCUUACACAUCUACGGUACUUUUCAGACUUUUUGAUAAAGGUUGGACCAUUGAAUACUGGUUUGGCUGCCGAUGUGCACGGACAGUUGACUAUUGUAAAUAAGGAGAUAUUUAAAGAUCAUGCACGCCCAAUGCAAAAGGUUCGGAAUUUCCAUUUCAAGGUGAAGGAAAAUGGUGUUGAAACUUUUUAUCCAGGAAGUCGACACUGAAGCUUGUAUUCUCAGGUAUUUACAUCUGAGGCAGGCAUCGGCAGAAUUCUUGUAACCUCUAGUAUUCACAGUUUCCUUACUCCUGUAUACUAGUGAGACAAUUAGAUAAAGAGUAGUGGAAGAAAGGGCACUUACUAUGCAAUAGUCUUCUAAUUAUCUUAUUUCUUUCUACUCGUGCUGACAUUAUCUGGAACCUGUGAGACCUUUGAUUCAUUAAGUUGUUGAUUUCUUCCUGCAAUUGGAGGUACUGCUCUUAUAUACACAGUAGAAAGUCCAUUGAUGUUUUCUGAAAUUUUAUUACAGCUCUGAUAAUUUGGUUGCUUCAUUAGUCAUAGUUUUGUAAAGAAACUGUACUGCCACACAGAUUGUUAUAUAUAUGGUCCAUUUUAAGCCAUGAAUUUUGGGGCCUGAAUUUCAACAAGGGCCAGCA